GAAGGAGGAGCUCAUUCCCUCGACGAGUCCUACCCUGCAAAGCCAGAAUGGCCUUGCAUGACUGGAGGACACCGCAGAACAAUGCGUCGAAUGAGUGGAUAACGUGUGGGACCGCUCACGCAGCACGUCCCCGGACUGAGAGACGAGAUCCUUCGAGUGUGAGAAAAUGCUGGCCCCGGAUUUGGUCCUCCACUUUCACAAAUGAGGCAUGCACACAUUCGCAGAUCUGUCGGUUGUCGGCAUUCGGUUUUUUACCACUCCGAACUGGAUUGGCUCCGAGUGACUCAUCGCCAUCGCCCUCUCAAUCCGUCCGAUUUCCUCCGUCUGUCGCAGUCGGCCAGCGGUCGUUGCGCAGUCCAGAGUCCAGCGCAGAGAGAUCGUUCUGAUGAGGAGCCGCAGCGGCGGCGGCCGACGACGACGACGACGACGACGACUACAGAUGGUAACAGUUGGCGGGCGACAUGAUGCCCACCACAACGACCCAUAGCGGCGACGUGCAAUCGGGUCCCGGUUCAUUCACUUUUGCUCAUUUUCGUUUUCGAUCUUUCUCUCUCUGACGCUUGCGUACGAAUGUAAAUUACAUUUCUCAGAACCUUCGGGCUCGUGCUGAUACGUUUGCACAGACCCAACUGCUUGCACUUCCCUCGAUUUCCCGUGCCUUAUUCUUCACGUUGAGAUUAUGGUAAUGGUAAUGGUAAUGAUAAUAGAUCAAGCCCGUGGGACCCGAAGAGUCAAAAGGCUAAAAAACAUAAUAUUAAUCGACGUUCUUCCAUUAGGAGAAGAGUAAAAUGCUUGCACACUUUCAUCCUCCAUGGUAGAUUUUCGACUCUCCGUUUGCAGCUUGUCUGAGUUACAUACAUAAGAUUACACUGACUGAGUCCAUUAUGGUGGAGAAGAGGACGUGGGUGGGUUGUGGAUAGGCUCAUAUGAAAUAAAGAGGUGUGGGGAAAGACCAUAUUAUCUCGAGAUAGGGGAUCUCGAUGGACAGAUUCUACAAAUCCGCCGGAAGGGAAGAGCAUGUGAAAGAUUUUGGAUAAAGCUUGAGGAGGAAUCAGGACGUGGUGUGGAGUCUGUCGAUGAACCCCAGCAUGUCGCCAUAGUUUGACAAUUCAGCAUCGUUCUCUCGCCCUCUCCCCCGACUGCAGACGCGUGAGAUCAAGUUUCAGCCUUACUUCUCCAAAGGCUACCAGAAAGCAGGCAGAGUCAACGACGGGCAUCAUGGUCAAGGCUUCAUGCUAGCAAUUAUGCCACCGGAACUUGCAGUGGAUACUUAAAAUCGUACUCAGCUGCUCUUAAGCAGAACUGCGGUGCGUCAACUGCGAUAUUCAGGAGGGGAGGAUAUCCUCAGGGACCAUCCGGUUGGCCAACGACGGUGGCAUCCUGAAGGUGCCGGUCAGCUCCAAUCAUUCUUAUCUGAAGUUCACUUGAACAGCAAAUCCUCCCACAUGCCUUUCGCCAUACAGGAGUCGGACCCACGUACGAGUAACGAGAGGUAAGACGGAGUACGUGUCGGGAUCGGCCUCGAGGAAGGUAAAAGUUUCGGCCAUCGGUAGGACGAAGUUACAGCCUGCCUGCACUUUUCGGUGAUCAUUCUUUCUGCAAUCGGUGACCGUUGAAAAACACGACAAAUCUCCAUCAUCUGUAAAUAGUAGAAAGGACAAUUGUCAUGGAGAGAGAGAGAAACCCAAUAUUCAAACUUGACCAGUGUCGAACCAGCUAAGUCUGUCUCUAUCAUAGAAUUAGGUGAAGUCCAUACAGUGAGGAGUGCUCCAGCUCAUUUUGAGGAGUUAUAUAGCUGAUUUCAGCGGUUUCCUCCUUCCGGAUGCAAGCACGGCUAGAAGGUGAAUGUGCGCUGGAUAACUUCCAACAUACCAUUCUUAUAUAAACAAAUAUAUAUAUAUAUAUAUAUAUACAUGGUAAAGGUAGAGCUUGCAGAUGGAAUGUCGUUUCUCAUCAACGAGUGAAAAUGCGGAACGCCAGUUGCUCUGAUGCGAGGAGGAUGUGAAGUCUUAUGAAGCAUUCAAACAAACGUCGAUCCUGAUUGGGUAUCAGGGGUGGGGAUCUACAUACUGCUUAUCAAC